UUUACAGCAACAACCCUGCCUUCUCCGGUUCUACUCGCCGUUCGUUAGGAAAAUUACAACCAGAUCCCUCUUUCGCAUACGAAAAUUAAGGUAUAGUCCCCUCUCCGAGCCACCCGCAUUCUCGCUGCUGGGCACGCGAAUGCCGAUGGCAAUGGCGACCGGCGAGCGCGAGGAGUCGGAGGGACGAAGCCUGCUGUGCGCGUCGCGGCCGUCGAAGACGUGCCCCGUGGUCGGGAAGCCGCUCCCUUCCGGCGCCGUGCCGCGGCACGCGCUCGCGUUCGACGGCCAGGGCCGGUACCUGGACGCGCCCUGGGACCUCUCGCCCUCGCCGGAGCCGGAGAAGACGAGGUUCACGUGGCACCACGUGGAGCUCCCGCGGCUGGUCCCGGGGAGCGGCGCGGGCGGGGCGGCCGCGAAGCCGCUCCACCACGCGCAGGCCCUGAUCGAGCUCCUCUGCCCCCCGCUCACGCUCCAGGAGAUCCUAACCCUCGUCGGCACGGGGCCACACUGCUCCGGCGGCUCCGGCGCCGAAUCCGACUCCAGCGGCGGCGGCGGCGCGCUCGUGCUCCGGGUGAGCGCCCCGGGCCCGGUGGGGAGCGCGUUCGCGAUCCGGCUGGCGGCGCGGGUCACGGCGAGCUCCGUGGUGACGGUCUCCGUGGGGCCCGUUCCGCGGCUGGCGUUCGGGACCAGCCGGUCGUCGCUGCUGUCCGAGGUGCCGCUCGGGGUGGCCGGCCCCUCCGGCGGAGACGGCGGCGGGGGCCGCGCCGUGGAAGGAGGCGUGGUGAUCGACGAAAGGCUGCUGGAGUCGCUGCUGGCCAUGAACCACGCCGACGGCGCGCACACCGACAACCCGGUCCCCCGCACCGUGUCCAACCUCCUCGUCCACGUGCUCGGCACCCACGUCGACCACGUCCACGACAUCGUCACCCGGCUCGAGAUGGAGAUCGACAGCAUCGAGCUCCACCUCGACAAAGGUGGUCAUUUCAUGAGGAAACUUCUGUUGGAUGGUAGGAGAUUCCCCAAAAUGCACCUUGAUUUGCAGCGCCUACUUCAGGUGGUUUCACACGGGGAACAAGUUUUCCCCCGUGUGAAGGAAAGAUGUGCGAGCAAGAGUUGGUUCGCGAGUGGGGAUAUUGCUGCUCUCGAAGAUCUGAUCGGACGCCUUAGGAGGCUCAAGGAAAACCUUGGAUUCAUAACAAACAGAGUGACAACACUCCAGGCCAGCCUCGACAGCUGGCAAUCCGAGCAGAUCAACAAGAGCUUGUACUAUCUUUCAUUCCUCUCCAUAGUGUUCCUCCCUCUCUCCAUUGUCACCGGAGUUUUCGGGAUGAAUGUUGGUGGUGUGCCAUGGACCGAGCAGAACAAGAACCCUGCGAACCGGGAUGGCUUCGUCAACGUGAUGCUGAUAUGCGCCGUGAUCUUGCUGCUCCUGCUGCUUUGCUUCUUGUUCCCUUCCUUGUAUUCUCAAGUGUCUGCAUGGCGAACCCGGCGUGAGCUUACCAGAAGUAGCUCUCAGAACAAGAGGCACCUGAAACCCUUCAAAGGCCACAGAGAAGGUUACAUGCGCCUAUGAUUUACAUUGCAGGUUCCUCCUAUAUACUUGUUAAAAGUGACAACACUUGGGAAGAUACAAGGUGGUCGUCAGCAGCGAGAAAUCUCGAUAUCGAGAAAAUGUUUGGUGAUGUUGUUGUAACACUCACAGAGAAGUUAAAAUAGAAAACCUAGAUAGGGCCCCAUGUACAGCUUUGGUUCACUGCCUCCACUGGAGGUUCAUAUCUUGUUCAUUGCUUAGUUCUUUCUUUUUUUUUCAUUAUUAUCUCGGGGAAGAUUGUUAAGUCUCACUGUACUACUUUUUAGAGGAAUGCAUCUUGCCCUAUUACUUGGCAUGUAAACUGUAACAUUCUUCAAUGAAAUCAAGAUAAUUGCUUCAACCAUUGA